GCUGUGUUGAGUUGGUGGUGGAUUUGCCUGCGUGCCCUGUUAGGCUGGCGGGGGAGUCGCCAUGGCGCCCAAAGGAAAGGUAGGAACCAAAGGCAAAAAGCAGAUAUUUGAAGAAAACAAGGAUACGCUCAAAUUCUACCUACGAAUCAUCCUAGGGGCGAAUGCCAUUUACGGAAUUGUCAACCUUGGGAUCUUCUACAUAACAGCCACCAUUUGGACGUGGGUUGCCUUUGUGUUCAGCUUGAUGGUCUAUGGGGCCAGUUACCAAUCCAUGAGGUCAAUGGCCAAGCCUACUUUUGCAGAGGGUGGCAGCCUCGCCGAUGGCGGAAUUGAUCUGAAUAUGGAGCAGGGAAUGGCAGAGCAUCUGAAGGAUAUGAUUUUGCUUACCGCCAUUGUCCAAGUGCUCAGUUGUUUUUCCCUCUAUAUGUGGUACUUUUGGCUCUUGGCUCCGGGGCGAGCACUCUAUCUCCUUUGGGUUAACCUCCUGGGUCCUUGGCUCACCGCGGAAUCUCCGGCUGCCAAUCAAGAGCCCAACGAGAAGAAACAGCGUCGGCAAGAACGCCGGCAGAUGAAACGUUUUUAGCUGCGCUGCUGAGCAUGGAUGUCAGGCCACCUUGGGUCUCCAUGUGGCUGUUUAUCAGGGAUUUGAACCAAUCAGAAAACAUCGGGGGAUUCCCCCCCCCUCCUUUCUGGCCCUUGCUCUCCCCCUGACAUCUGUUCAUCCUAAGGCUAGACGGUUUGCAAUGGGAGGAGUGGGGAGGGGCGAACCCCAGGCAAAUCUUUUUGCUUUUUUCUGCCUUAUGGCAGGAGGAGGGAGAUCGCAGGGAGAGGGCUGCAGAUGUGUAAAUACCUUUCUAAAAUGAUGCUCUUAAUAUGAAUCGGACGAUGAAGGCCUUUCAGUGUUGGAAGCAAUUAAAGAAACACCUGCACACACAAAACGGUCGCCAUAAGAGGGCCUGCAGUUUGCGUGGGUUUCCUUUGGACUCUUCAUUUACUCUCCUGUUUUCAUGAUCGUUCUUGUUCUGACCCAGCUCCCCAAACGGGACAAAACCCUCUGAAGUGAACUCAAAGAUUCCUUUAAUGAGAGCCAGCAGCCCUGGCAAGAAGUUUCUCUCUAAACGCAGGCUAACAAGUCCAUCCGUCUGGAAGAUGAAUAGUUGUCCGCCACAUCUAUUCAUCUCUGCCCCCCUGUCUUUUACCCGCAGAGCUAGGGU